CUCGAGCUGGUUGUAAGCGCGAGAAAGCAGUUGUGGCAGCAGAACCAGUGAUGGGUGCACUGAUCUCAAGUGCUGUUUAGUUGGAAUUGUUCAAACUUUUACGUGGGGAGUUGAAAGAACAUGAAGUGUGAACUUGGAACUAUGUUAAGGUCAACGAUGCUGGAAUUACUUUUGUUUUCAUUGACAGCUGGGUUAUAUCGUGCUGCACCGCGCGCCUCCAACAACAAUGAACUGUCUGUAUCAAAGCAACCUGCCAUGUCCGAAAUCACACUCGGGCAGCUCGACACUACCAUGCCAAACUAUUUACCCGAGGACAAUGUGAGGUUGUCCACGAUUUCAGCGCUCUCCCCAGUUUCUACCGCGACCACAUCGGCAAACAGGAUUACAGGUAAAACCACUAAAUCUUCCCAAACAAACAAGUUGACCCGAACAGCAAAGACCACCAUAAGUGAGUCCAUAUCGAAGGAGACAAUUUCUACAUCGAGGACUUCCGAAACAAAGACACAUUCUUCGCCCACCUCUCAGCUUCUACCUGUCCCCACCACUGACACGCAACAAACUGAGUUCCUGUGUAACUGUAGCAGCGAGGGAUCUCUGGAUCUAGACCGCUGCGACCGCAGCACAGGGCAGUGUGUCUGCCUGUUGGGCUACAUGGGACUGCGGUGUGCUGACUGCCAGGAGGCCCACUUCAACAAUGGCACCACCGGCUGCAUCCCCUGUAGCUGCGACUCGUACGGUGCUCUCGGACCCCUCUGCGACAGCUCUGGGAUGUGCGUGUGUAAGACAGGCGUGUACGGUGACAAGUGUGACGAUUGCCACCCAGGUUUCUUCCGGUUCAGCAGCAUGGGUUGCCAGCUAUGCCAGUGCAAUAAUCACUCCAACUACUGCCACCCACAAUCAGGCAUCUGCUUGAACUGCCAAGGGAACACCAAAGGACCCGGCUGUGAGGAAUGCAAGUAUAAUUUCUACCGGAGGCCCGACGCUGCCCUUACUGAAGUCUGCGUCCCCUGCCCCUGCUCCAGCGUCACCUCUUCUGGCAGCUGCCACCUUGACCCCAGGGGACAAUCUGUGUGUGACCAGUGUAAGCCAGAGUACCAGGGGCCCCACUGUGACCAGUGCAGGGGUGGCUUCUACAAUGCGGACAGCAUCUGCCUUCCUUGCAACUGCAGCGGGAACGCCGACCCCGGAACCUCGCCCCGCAUCUGCAACCCUGAGACGGGUCACUGCCUGAGCUGCGUCAACAACACGUCGGGGAAACACUGCGAGCGCUGCGCUGAAGGAUACGUGGGUAGUGCCAUCAUCCACAGCUGCAAAGCUAUAGUCACUCCCACCCCUGAGCAGAACACGACAACAACCGCCUCCACCACCACCCUGACCCUGCGCUCCACCACCACUACCCCCUCUAGUGGCCAAACUAUGACUUCCACCUCCAACGCCACCACCACUCAGCUGACCACCACAGCCUCCAGCACCACACCAGGUCUCCUCGCCAACACCACGGCCGCCAUCUCCGAGGUCUCCUGGACCCAGUUCAAUGUCAUCGUCCUCGCGGUGAUCAUUGUGGCAGUGGUGGUGCUGAUGGGCGUGGCGGGCGGUGUCUAUACCUACCGUGAAUACCGCAACCGCAAGCUGAACGCUCCGUUCUGGACCAUCGAGCUUAAGGAGGAUAACAUCAGCAUCAGCAGCUACCACGACAGCCUGCCCAACAUGGGGGACGUGUCGGGCCUGCUGGAGGAAGAGGCCAGCAUGGAGGUGGCGCCCAACGGCCAGCUGGCGCUUAGCAGCCCCAUCAACAUGUACAAGGCGUGAUGAUGGGCCAUGGGUGGGGAUGCUUCUUCUUCUUUGGAGUUUUAACGCCGGUGUGCAAGCUAAUAUUUAUUGGUGUUACCGCAGCCUUCUGGACUAGUGUGAUAAAGACGCAUCCUCCGGGAAACUGUAUUCUGUCCCAUCUCUACCACACCCACCAACCCCACCCGUGGUGGCCACACCCACCAUGAAACUCUGACUGGGGGAGGGAUGUCUCUGACUGGGAGAGGCAGGGAGGGGGGAGGAAGGUCUCAGACUGGGAGAGGCAGAGAUGGGGGGGAGGGAGGUCUCUGACUGGGAGAGGCAGAGAGGGGGGAGGAAGGUCUCGGACUGGGAGAGGCAGAGAUGGGGGAGGUUUAUCGUCCAGUCCUCAGGAUUUGAAUAAUAAAUGAUCUGCUUGUUGUGAUGACUUCAACAGAGAGAAUAAUGUUGCGGUUACUAAAAUGAGGAAGAGCUGGAAGGAUGGACUAACUACAGAAUCAGAAAUCCAGUGACUCCUGAGUCACCCAGACUGGGAGAAAACAUGUAACAUGACAACCUGAGUUUGAAUGGUUCAGAAGGGCCUGGGAGUUUGAAUGGUUCAGAAGGGCCUGGGAGUUUGAAUGGUUCAGAAGGGCCUGGGAGUUUGAAUGGUUUCAGAAGGGCCUGGAGUUUGA